AUGUCAAUGGAAUCACCGGAUCCUAAAACCGAAAUUAAAUUCGGCAAAUAUAAAGGACAAACUUUUGUAUACGUAUAUGAAAAUGAUCCGAAAUACGUAGAAUGGGUAAAAACAUUGACCGAAUUGAAGGGAAACAUGUUAGAAUUCGUAAAUUUCAUAAAAGAACGUGAAAUGUGUAAGAAUUCUAUACCAAGUGUAAAAUAUUCACAACAUACACCAACGAGAAUACCAAAAAAAACAAAUGAUAGUACAUACGGAGCGUCAGAUUUGUACACACCAAGACCACUGACGUUGGAAUCCAGCCUAUAUUCCAGAGGAGAAACACAUUCAUCGUUAAAAACAGAGUUUAGCACUAAAAGAAAGAGAGUGUACGAUUUUCCAACGCCAAACGACAUGAGUUUCAGCAAAGAUAGCGACUAUAAAUUGGAAAAGGAGUUUUUGUCGCCGUCACUGCAGCACAUGUUGGAUGUGUUGGUAAACGACCCAGAAGAUACAGAAAAGGAAAAGGUUAUAGAGCUGGAAGGAAUACUGGCACUGGUGCUCUUCUCAGAAAAUGAGUUCUUCCUGUCCUACACGAAGUUGAAGAACAACACAGGAUGGUGGAGCACAUACGUGCCACCAGAAGUGCUGAGCUCACUGGCAAAAAUGGGACUAGAACACCAGACACGAAUGCUUGGGAAGGAAAAGUGCGUGUCAUAUAAAGCGUCGGAAUACAACAACGUAUUGAAGGCACUGAAGGGGCUGGUGAAAGAUAAGGGAGACAUAGAGCCGAUACCGAACUUUGUACUAAGGUCAUUCCCAGAGUUUUCAGGCUACGCAAAGGAAGUCGAGGCGGAGGAGAAGACAAAGCUGAUAUUGAAAAGAGAGCAGGACGAGUACACGAAGGAGAACAUGAGUAAAAAGGAGUCUCUGAUAGGAAAAGUGCUAUGGGAAAAACUGUUCUCGUUCCAGAAGGAAGGAGUUAAUUUCGGACUUAAGAAGAACGGAAGAGUGUUAAUAGGAGACGAAAUGGGACUGGGAAAGUCGUUGCAAGCACUGGCAAUAUCGGCAUUCUACCAAAAGGACUGGCCGUUGCUUAUCAUAUGCCCCUCGUCACUGAAGUACCAGUGGAUGGAGCAGUGCGUGACAUGGCUCCCGCACCUGGUGACCGAGGAGGAGAUACUGUUGAUAAAGACAUCUAAGCAGUUCUCGAAGGAAAAUAUGAAGGUUAACGUGGUAAGGAAGAGAAGAAAGAAUACGAAGCAAGAGCACGACGAGAGCACGGCAUCAGAAGAAAAGUAUAGAAGCGAGUACGAGGGAGUGUCCAGAGGAAGUGAGAGCGAAGGAAAACCAGUGAAAAUAGUUAUAAUAUCCUACGACCUUCUGGCGAGAGCAGAGGAGUCGGAGCACUUUGAGACAAUAAUAUGCGACGAGUCGCACUACCUGAAAAACUCAAGUUCAAAGAGGACGAAGAAGGUGUGCCCAAUACUGAGGAGCGCAAAAAGAGUCAUUCUGCUAAGCGGAACGCCGGAACUGAACCUGCCGACGGAGUUGUACGAACAGGUGUCCUCAAUACUGCCAGGCUUCUCUAGAGCAUCAGUGUUCAACGAAAGGUACUGCAAGAAGAAGUACAACUACUUCAUUAAGAAGAUGGAGUACGCAGACUCGAAGCACACGCAGGAGCUGCACCAGUUCCUGACGAGCACAGUGAUGAUAAGAAGGCUUAAAAACGACGUGCUGACGCAGCUGCCGCCAAAGAUAAGGUCGAAAAUCCCAAUAGAAAUACACGAAAGAGCAAUAAGGACGACGAAAAUGCUGUUGGAUAGUAACCCGAGGAGCGACCCGGUAUCCAGUGAAGGAGGGGCGGGAACAGUGCACUCGCUGUGGGAGGAGAUGAGCAAGUACAUCAGGAAGGAGGACGACGAGGGAGAAGGCUCGCAGAAGUACAUGAUCACGAAGCUAUUCAUGCUGACGGGGCACGCGAAAACCUCUGGAGUGUGCAGGUACGUGGAGGAAAUACUGGAAAACAACGAAAAGUUCAUCAUCUUUGCACACCACGUAUUCAUGCUCGACGCGAUCGAGGAGACGCUGAGGAAGAAGAAGGUGGGCUACAUAAGAAUAGACGGAACCACGAAGAUGGAGGAACGCUCAAAAAUGGUGCAGCUCUUCCAGAACUCAGGCGCAGAGACGGACAGAGGACAGGGAGAAGAAGCACACGCCCGGGAAGGAGCGAAGAGCGGAGAAGCGGCGAGCGCGCCGAACCAGCAGGGGAGGUAUCGUCAGCAGCAGGAGGACGGCCAGAGCAGCCACAGGCAGAGUAAGACAGUCAGAGUGGCCCUCCUGAGUCUGACGACCUGCGGAGUAGGGCUUAACCUGACGUCCUCGUCGACGGUGAUCUUCGCGGAGCUCUACUGGGUGCCGGGAGUGCUGCAGCAGGCGGAGGACCGAGUGCACAGAAUAGGCACCAAGUUCUCAACGAUCAACAUAAACUACCUGAUCGCGCAGAACUCGAUCGACGAGCUGAUGUGGAAGGUGAUAAACAAGAAGUACAAGGCGCUGACGUCGACGCUGGACGGCACCACAGGGAACCUAACAAUAUCAAGCUCAAGUAAGAAGAAGUGA